AUGGCUCUUCCAUUCAUGUUUCCAUUUCCUGCAGCGGCAGCGGCUGCUCCAAAGCCACCACCAGGGUUGAUGGGUAAGACUACGUACGCCUACCUCACCAAGGAUGGAGGACCUCCUAACCAAGGCAAACCGCCAACUGCUACGCUUCCACCUCCAUACUCGCUGCUACCACCGCCAGGAACGGCAACCUUCCCUUGUGGAGGAGCAGGGGCGUUUAUGAUUCCUCCACAGGCAGGAAAGCCUGGUAUGUACUGCAUGCCCAAUGGUCCUGCUCCUCCAGCAACUGGUCCCGUCCCAGCAAAUCGUGUUUGGAUACCAGCUGCAGCACCACCACCACCACCACCACCACCACCACCGCAGCCAGCUGCGGCGCCUCCCCCAUGGGCUCCUACAUGGCAAGCUCCUCCUGCUCCCCCUCCACCAGCACCCCCUGCUCCGCCAGCUGCUGCCCCAGCACCAGCACCAGCAAUGGAAGCACCUCCCGAACCACCCGUGACUGGAAAUCGAAUCAACGACAAUCUCAUCGUUCUCCGAGACAGCGGCGGAGCAGGCUACGUCUCAUUCAAGAACAAUGCAGAAUUCUACCUGUUCACAGCAAACGUGCUUCGAAAGUACGCAACCAAUGACGCUGGACAAUUCUAUAUCCCUGGAACAUCUGGAGAGACAUGGCGGAAACUCAGAGUGGCCUGCUCCAUGUCGAUGGAAGAGUUGAUCGAACAGACGGAUUGUGUCAAGGAAGCAUUGCCCACGACGGCCCGCGCGGAGAUCGGAUUGAUCGAAGCAUACGACAUCGGCAAUGGUUGGUUCCAGCUUGGAAGUCGAUACUUCCUCGACACUCCUCGAUCUAAGUUGUCAUUGGGUCAGCUUUGGGGUGCUGCCGCUGGUGAAGGCGGUCUUGCUCGUCCCCGAUAUCUUAUUCGUGUUCCUAUGAAAUGAGUGUCUUCGGAUUUCGGAUAUUGAAGGCUCGGAGGGCCCGGAGCUCCGGUUCAGUUUGUCAUCGUGGGGUUUUCAUCCAUUUUGUCUAUUGCUAGGGCUACAUACGGGAUACUUGGCUAUGGACAUUGUUGAGCAAAACUUGGUCUGGACGAACAUUGCUUUAUUGGAGAUACGGAGUGGCAAUUUGAUAGGGCAGGUUUGACAUGAACAAUGUACAAAGUGGAAUCGAUCUGGCCUCAACUAUUGGAGAGUCUUGGUGGAAGUGUGUAUUUAGAUAGUGGCAGCAUGGAUAGGUAUCAAGCACUGUCCUUCAUUGUGGG